AUGCGCGCGCGUCGGGAGGUCGAAACCAUUUGCGUGCUUCCAAAUGUUCAAGGCCACACUUUGGUCGGAGAUGAUGAGCGUAUAAUUAGUCCCGCACCCCCGCAGGCUCUACCAGGCGGACACGAACAGCGUGAUGGCCCGCUACGCGGUGAACCGGAUCUCGUUCUAUGCGCGCGUCGGCUCUACCAGGCGGACACGAACAACGUGAUGGCCCGCUACGCGGUGAACCGGAUCUCGUUCUACGCGCGCGUCGGUGCGGUCGAAACCAUUUGCGUGCUUCCAAAAGUUCAAGGCCACACUUUGGUCGGAGAUGAUGCAGCUGUA